AUGGAUGGCAACCACAAUUUCAAUGCUUUCUACAAUUGGAUGAAAAACGCUGAACCUUCAAAUGAUCAAAAUACCCAAACAUCCCAAAACUCUUCAAAUCCUGCACCUUUCCCAGACAUGGGAAAUAUUUCCAUGCAUCCAUUGCCUAUCCAUUUUGCUCCACGAGUAGCAAAUAUGGGUAAUCCAUUUGCAAUGUCUAGCCAAAAUUGGGGAAAUUUUCAACAUGUAAUUAAUCCCACCAUGAUUGGGGGAGCUUCAACGGAAAGUAGUGCUGAUCAACGGCCGCAAACACCGACGGGGGCUGUAGAAGAGUCUCAAGUUCCGAAUAUUUCAUCCGAUGUCGAUGCUGAUGCUAGAAUUGGUGAAGAAUGUGGAAGGGUGAAUGGUCGCUCAAAUCAGAAAGUAAGAUUUACACUGGCGGAAAAUACACUUCUGAUUCAAUCAUGGCUCAAUAUUUCAAAAGAUCCAAUUAAGGGAAAUGAUCAAAAAUCAGAUACUUUUUGGUCAAUAAGCCUAUUCUUUUGCGUUUCUAGUGCCUUUCCAAUCUCAAAUUAA